AUGGAACAGACUCCUGAUUUUAGCCUCAACGCCUCUUCUUGGUUCCUUCCCUGGACAAACGCAUCCUACCAGCCUCCAGUCAGAGUCGUGUAUCCAUACAGCACAGCUCAGCUGAUCCUCAUCGUCAUGGUAACUGGCUCCCUCAGUGUGGUCACCAUCCUGGGCAACACGCUGGUCAUCCUGUCCAUCAAGGUGAAUCGCCACCUGCGGACAGUCAACAACUACUUCCUGUUGAGCCUGGCAGCGGCUGACCUGAUCAUUGGCCUGCUGUCCAUGAACCUGUACACACUGUACUGGCUGCAGGGCUACUGGCCCCUGGGUGCUGCGCUCUGCGACAUGUGGCUCGUACUAGACUAUGUAGUGAGCAGCGCUUCUGUCAUGAACCUGCUGCUCAUUAGUUUGGAUCGGUACUUCUGCAUGACACGGCUGCUCAGCUACACGGCAUGGCGGACUGGCAGGACGGCGAGCCUGAUGAUCGGUGCCGGCUGGCUGAUGUCUUUCAUUCUUUGGGCCCCCGCCAUCCUGUGCUGGCAGACUGUUGGGGGGCACCGCGUCGUCCCCAAGGACCAAUGUUACAUCCAGCUCCUGGCCAGCCCGGCUGUCACGCUCGGGACGACGCUCCCCUCCUUCUACCUGCCGGCAGUCAUCAUGAUCGGGUUGUACACCCGCCUGUCAGCCGCCAGCCACAGCCGACUGAGCACGCUCCAAGCUGAGCAGAGAGUGCCCAGGACAUCAAGUCCAUCCUUCCGCCUGAGCCGGCGCAGCUCGGUGGCCAGUGACCCGGGGUCAGACUUGUCUCUGAACCAGUCUGAGUCCAGCACCAUGAAGACCAGACGGACCCAGAGAGCGUCCAGAAGUCCACGGCGUCUUUCUCGCUCUGCUACCUACCACGCCGGAGAUGAAGACUCCAACAAGAUGGAGAAUGACUCCUCAUCCAACACUGACCUCUUCCGGUCAGCCCCGGUGGCGUUCUCCACCUGCUCUAGCUUCAGGUCCCAGGAGAGGAGGCGGAGGCGAGUCAUGGCAAGAGAGAGGAGAGUCACCAAGACCAUCCUGGCCAUCUUGCUGGCCUUCAUUCUGACUUGGACACCAUACAACGUCAUGGCCGUCAUCGCCGCCUUCUGCCAUUUCUGUAUCCCCCAGAUAUUGUGGACCAUGGGUUACUGGCUGUGCUACGUCAACAGCGCCAUCAACCCCGCCUGCUACGCACUGUGCAACAUCACCUUCCGGAAAACGUUCCGUGGCCUUCUGAGCUGCCGCAGGAAACUGCUCUGAC